UUUCCUCUUUCCCUUCAUUUCCCACCACCACCACCACUAACCAUGGCGGACAGUGUGGAUGAAAGCCCGGUCUCGACCCCUGUGGUCGAGGUGACCAAAACGGGAGCCACCGUCUUGGACGAGAAGCUGCCGGACUUGCAUGACGUCGAGGUUGCUCCGGGGUUUGUCGCCCAGAAGGACUUUGAGGGCCAUUACAAGGACGUGCCUCUGGGAGAGGGCAUUGUUCCCGACGACAACGACGAGUUCAUCGAUCCCCGCCUGCACGACUAUCCCAUUCCUCUCGUGGCCAAGACCGUCGAUCUGCGGAACGACCCAACCGAACCGAUCCUCACCUUCCGCUUCUGGGUUCUUUCCACCUUCUGGGUCUUCGUCGGCUGUGCCCUGUCGACCUUUUAUUUCUUCAAGCCAUACUACAACACCAUCACCAGCUAUGCCGUGCAGUUGCUGGCCUGGGGCAUGGGCGACGCCAUGGCCCGUUAUCUGCCCAAGCGCCAGUUCAACUGGUUUGGAUGGAAGUGGUCGAUGAACCCGGGCCCCUGGAACGCCAAAGAGCACGCUCUUAUUGUUGUUGCCUACUGGGGGAGUUGCUAUACGGCCAUCGGAAUGGGCCCCCUGUCCGCCAUUGAACUGUACUACGGCGAGAAGCUGAAUGCCGGAUGGUCCAUGUUCUUCCUGCUGGCCUCGCAGAUGAUCGGAUACGGCUUUGCUGGCCUCUUCCGUGACAUCCUCGUCCGGCCGCCCAAGAUGUACUAUCCGGGAGUCCUGCCCAACGUGGCGCUGUUCAACGCGAUGCACCGCAAUCCGUCUGCCACCAAGAAGGCCCUCAAGUACUUUGCCAUUGUGGCCGCCGUCACAUUCACCUAUGAAUGGAUCCCCGAGCUCUUCUUCCCCUUGCUGGGCUCUCUCCCACUUGUUUGCUGGUUUGGCCAUGGCAACUGGAAGGCCUUCAUCAUGGGAUCGGGCUACUACGGAUUUGGCGUCUUGGAUUUCUCGCUCGAUUGGAACUACAUCACCUUCAUGUAUCCAUACUACACGCCUCUGUGGUCGAGUCUGAACCAGUGUGCCUUUUGCCUGUUCUGCCUCUGGAUCCUGUAUCCGGCCAUCUACUUCAGCAACACGAUGAACGCGCAGAACUUUGCUCCGAUGGACACCAACACGUACACGAUCAACGGCAGCACCUACGACGUGUCGGCCAUUGUCGGCAGCAACAACGAGGUCAACCGCACCGCGCUGGCCAUCUACGGCGGCCCCUACUGGGCGCCCUCGUACGUCUUCAACUGGUUCUGGACCUUUGCCGCCCUGGGGGCCUCGCUGGCCUACGCCAUCCUGUGGUACGGCAAGUCGGCCGUCGAGGACUUCAAGAUGGCCUGGAACAACAAGCGCAGCGACUACGAUGACCCCUACCUCAAGCUGAUGUCUUUCCAGAAGCGUGUCCCGCACUGGUGGUACAUGGCCCUGCUGGUGCCGUGUGCCGUCAUCGCCAUCGCCCAGGGCUACGAGGGCAACAUGAAGCUGUCCGCCUGGGGCUUGGUUGUCAUCUGUCUGUUUUCCUUCAUCUUCACCUGGCCGAACGGGAUCCUGUGGGCGGUGGCCAACACGCAGGUGGGUAUGGGCUCCUUCAGUGAUCUGCUGGCCGGCAUCAUGUUCCCGGGCAAGCCCACUGCCGUGCUGGCCGCCUACACGUACGGCUACUGCGUGCUGGAACAGAACCUGAACCUGAUCUCCGACUACAAGUUCGGCUUCUACAUGAAGAUCCCCGAGCGCGAGAUGUUCUGGGGCCAGGUCUGGGGCACCCUGUUGGGCCCGUUCAUCAACUACGGCUUCAUGCAGCUGAUCGUCGACCGCGAACGGCCGUUCCUGAUCGGCCAGCGCUCCUCCGAGGCGUGGGACGCGGUGCAGACGCGUGUCUACUAUUCCAACUCGAUCAUCUGGGGCAUCCUGGGCCCCAAGGAGUUCUUCAACGAACGCUAUCCAUGGGUCUACUAUGCCUUCCUCAUCGGCCCGGCCUCGGUCUUCCUUGUCUGGCUCGUGCAGAAGCGCAUGCCCAAAUGGGACCUCGAGAAGUGGUUCAACCCGACCCUGCUCUUCUACGGAGGCAUGCUCUUCCCGGCCUACGAGACCGUCAACUUCUUCACCUCCAUGCUGGCCUGUAUCCUCUUCAUGGGCAUUCUCCCGCGCUAUGCCCCGGUCUGGUGGAGAAAGUAUAACUAUCUCACCGGCGUCGGUCUCGACUGCGGCACCCAACUCAUGACUCUGGUCUGCAUCUUCGUCGUCAACCUGCCCAACCUCAGCUUCCCCUCGUGGUGGGGGAACGACGCCAACGCGUAUGACAGAUGUUUCCCUCCUGCAGAUCUACCUCCAUAUGCCUUGAACUAGUAGCAUAAUUAUCUCAAUUCUCAAUUCUAAUUCAAUCCUAUCCUAUUCUUAUGAAGUCUGCUUUCUGCAAAACCCUCGACGCUGGCUGCUCUCUGCACUCGAGUGAGACAGACGACGGCCACGGCAGGACAAGAGACGGACCAGGGGCAUCAAUGUGGGCAGCGAGGCGCAGAUGAUGGCCACCGCGCAUUCAAUCACCGACCAGACCG